AUGCUGCGCCGAGGAAUCGUGCCAUCAAGUGCGACAGAGAGGAUCCUUGUGCCAAUUGUCGAGCGGCCUCCGUGGAUUGUUUACGCAGACGGCCUAAGAGAAGAAUUAGACAUGCAGCUUAUAAAUAAUUCGUUUGCUAUCACAUCGACUCGGAGGAACCCUCCGUCUCCCAGAAUAACGCCUCGCAGCCCACAAGCUGCUUCCCAACAAUUGCAUGGCAACUCUUCAGUUCUUGAACAACGUUCAGAGCCAAAAUUUCAUGAUGAGGGAAACGUGCCAGGGGAAACACCUGGUUCUCAGAGUAGCAAGCAAAAGUCAACUUGUUCCUCCACCACUGAAACGGGACCAGCUGCUGCACAAGCUCACAGUCAUAUUGGAUCGGAGCUGGAGUCCCGCCUAGGGCUAGAUGCAGGAAAACGAGAAGUUCUCAGAGCAGCUCUGGUGUUUUCAAAGCAGGCGUCCCAGCAGCUAAGCGUCAUUGCGUACGAAGAGGAUUCUUCGGAAACCUUGGAUAUAUUCAGCGAAACAUCUUAUCCAACAGCCGAAAGUCUUUAUCUGAUCCUUUCAAGUCCUCGAAAAAGUGUCGGCCAGUCUUUUACAAUGGACAUCGGGUCUGUCAUUUCUGAAGAAACGCUUGAGCGUCAAGCCCUUGAACUGAUUGAAAAGUCUGUAAAUGGUGCGACGCGUGUUCAUUACAUAGUGACUGUGAACUUCUUUGUCUGGAUGUAUCUAGGAGCCUCCAACUAUCAUACGACAGGAUCUAUUAUGGCCCAGCAUAUUCUGAAGAGGCGCCAACAGUAUGAGAAGAACUUACAAGCAGCUUUAUGCCGUAUAGGCGUCCUGGACCAGCCAAGCUUGCCACUGCUUCAAGCACUGCUUUCCGGUGCCAUGUUCAUGCUCCUCUCGGGGAAAUUGGAGAUGUGUUGGCAGUUGAGUGCGUCAGCAUCGAGAGUAUGCAUGGCCUUGGGUGGACCUCGCCGGAUCAGCUCUCAGACCAUGGCUGCCCAUGAGCUGCGAGAAACUCGGUAUACUUUAUCGAUCUGCUACAUGUUUGAUAGAGCGCUGGCUCUGAGCAUGAACCGCUGCCUGUCUCUGCCCGAAUUCGACAUGAACCCUGCGGAACUGGUGCCACCAGACGCAAAGAAGCCAUAUACUUCACUCAUUCAAGUCUUUCUGCAAUUGGCCGAGGUUCAAUCCGAAAUUGUUCACCACAUGGAGAUCAAGAACAGGAAAGCACGAGAAGAUAUUGAAACAAUCCAAACAUUGCAAGGAAAGAUGUGGAAAAUAAAAGAAACGAUCAGAGAGGUGGGGGUAAUCGAGCACAUGAAAUAG